AUGGACUUGGUUCCUAGCAUCUACAACCACUUGGUCCUUCCCCCGAAGCUGCCAGGCCGUGAGGAAGGUACUACCCCCGAGCUAUCGCAGAACGUCCUGACCCGUCUGAUUGACGGCUGCCAACGCCUGGUCUCGCUCGCCCCGCACACACUGUCCAAAACAUUCGAAGGGCUUUACAACGCGCUGCUCGCAUGCCGAGAAAUCAACGGUCGGUCCUUUGUCGACAAAACGUCGGCGCUGAAAUAUUUUGGCAACAUUGAUUCCUGCGGUGUUCUCAUCUUCUGGGUUACUGAACAGAAUGCUGCUGUGCUGGUUUACGCGGCCAAGAGGCAAGCAUUUUGUGCUUGCAGGCCGGAAGAAGCGGUCGUUUUUGAGGCCUUCGAGGCGUCCGCCCCUGCGGAACAUGUCCUCGGUGCCGGCAACGCCAUGCAGCGGGAUUUCCCUGGUCGCUGCGCGCAUUUGUCGACCCAAGAUUUCGCCGACUUGUCGUUCCAACAGCAAUUGGCUGAUUUGCUCGAGCAGGCCAGCAUGGAAUCUUUGUCUAGCCUCCGCGCACACGCCCGCAAGGCUGGCGUCGCGGUGGCCGAGUCGCGCGACACCACGGAUCCCGCCCUCGUGACGCACAUGCUCAUGCCGCUGCUAGAGACCAUGGGAUGCCAGGCCCGCGUCCCAGUCCUGAGGAAGCGGCUCUGUCAUACCGUCGGCGACCAUGGGGGACGCGCCUGUUACAAGUUUUUAAUGUGUGUCGUCCUCGCCCAGCUCCUUCAGGACUGCGCAGGGCGCGUGAGCCCAGACAAGGUGCUGCUUCUCCGUGCCAAGCUAUGUCGCCGUAUGGCCAAGCUCGAGAUGGACAGGACCGCGGCCGAGGACCACCCGGAGGGCCGCGAGGUGUACGACUGCCUGUUUACCGCCACUAAAAAGGUCAUCGACGAUGUUGUGAGAGAAACCACCCACCGAGUCGAAGCUGUGUGGAAGCGCGUCCAGCGGGCUUCGGUUCCCCAGAUCCCUCGCCUUCCCCUGCGGGCGACCGGUGACGUGCUGCGGCUUUCCCUCCCUUCUAGCGGCCCUUACCUCGACCGCUUGCUUCUCCUUAAGCCUGCCCCAAAGCAGCCUCCCGCCGAGUUGCUCCAGCUGCCUCGCCCGCUCGAUGUGGGGAUCCAGCACGUCCAAGAAUUCACGGGCCGCAUCGCGCUGCUCGCCAAAGCCGAACGACGUAUUCAGCAGGCAUCGGACGAGGAGGCGCCGCGGAUGAACGCGACAACUGCCCUUCUAGAGUCGCGUUGCCUCGACGUGGCCAGGCAGAUCCAAAGUUUCGUCAGCGAAAUGGACCCGGUGUCGGAAUGGGAUCCCGAGCAAAACAGCGCUCUGGCGCUAUGCGUGUUCGAGCUUUGGGCUCGCAUGGACUCGUACGCCGUAGAGGCGUGUCCUCUCCUCGCAAACUAUCGUCCAGUCUUCCCCCCUGAGCUAUUGGACGUGCUACAGCUACCUACGAUAUCGGGCAUGCGUCGUCUGCACAGAGUGCAGACCCAUCUCGUACGGCGGCAGCAGCUGCCAGAUUCCAGCGGCUUCACAAGGCUUGAUGGCCGCAGUGCUUCUAAAGCGACACAUGCUGCCACUAUCUUCGAUCGCACUGGGGACGGAUGCAUGGCGGCGCGCUUCGUGGCGAGCUCGAGCGCCAUGCAACGACUUGAGUCAUGUAUCCAGAAGCAGACGGACGACGCCCGGCGCGCCAAGGAAACGGAAUGGAGGCAGAAAUGCCACAAGUAUGACCAACUCAGUGAGGAAAUACAGCAGAGCAUAUGCGUGUGCACCAUUGACGAGGACGGUCGGAAGGAUAUUAGCGGCUGCCGUCGGUGCCACAGGUGGCGCACUAGGCAGCGUUUGGGCAUCACUGUACAUGAGGACUACCUGCCCCCUCCAGGGUCGCCCGCACAGAGGGCUGCCGUGCUGUUUGAACUCGGGCAGCCUGAGUACCUUUCGGCAUACCGCGACGCGACUUGGCUCAUAUUCAUCACUCUGGCGCAUCCAAGCCGACCGGCUCAAACUGCCUCACCCAAGAAGACGCUGGGCCAGAUCGACGUGCUGGCACGCCACCGCAACUCGCGACAGCCGCCGAGCCGGAUUACUCUGGGUUCGAGGAAGAAGUGUUUCCGCCAGACGCACUACCGCAUCAGCUCUGCCCGCUCCAGCCUGCCCGAGGUACUAUUACCGUUGGCCGCCGAAUUCGAGCUGUAUGAUACGGCGGCUGGUGUCUGGGUGCGCGAGCUUGACAAGACACCUACUCUGCAGCACCUGUGCGGAGUCCAGCUGCCCAGGAUGCUUUUUUCGAGCGCUGUCCUGCUUAACUGCCGUCACCCAGGCCCAAUCGUGGAGGGGCCUUCCUCUUAUCAGAUUCAGGCAAACCGGACCGCGUGCCCUCCUAGCAUGUCGGUCCACGAGUUCUCCGCGUGCCAGAAGCUGCUCGGAGGCAUACAUCGGAGAUGGCCCAACGUGCUGGUCGAGCUGGGAUCCAUCAAUCUCAACCUUGGGAGUGAGGAAACAGCCCGGCUCGUUUGCCAGCUGGCCAUACAGGCUGGGCCGCGGGCGAAAGAACAAGCCCAGGGCGCGACGCACGCCAUCUUUAGGGACGAGCCCGUGUUUGCCGAGCGCCUCCUGGAGCAGAUUGAGACGCGGCUAGCUACCAUUUCGUCCAAUUGGCGGGAGACAUGGUGCCUGGAGACCCUCAUGACGCUGACUCUGCGGGUAUUUUACCUCUCCGCAGACUUGCGGAGCAGAGAAAAGGCAGCGGCCGCGCUGGGAACCAUGCGAGAGACAGCGCUAGCUUGGAUCGUCCGGCUGCGUGACGAGAUGCAGGCCGCGACUGACGCUGACGCGGCCGAGCGUACAGCUGGGUACGCCUUCUCCGCAGCCUUGCUGAGCCGGCGGACGCUCACCAUUACCCACGUAGAGUCCGGCUCACCGCUCCGGGCCGACGAGCUGGCGGCCUGGGUAAGAGCCUCGGUGGCGCUGCAGGAGAACCUGCUGGUUAGCGUCGACAGGCUCCCACCCGGCCUGCGCGCAAUGCUCGUCCGUGACACGAAAGCGGCGCUACGAAUGGAGCCUCUGCUUCGAGCGGCCGUUAAAGCCCACCCUUCGAGUGUUGGAAGUGCCCUCUCCGACACGCUCCCUGGUCUGCUUGGUUAUGCUGCAGCAAAAUUGGAAUGGACAUUUCUCUCCUCGCCUGAGGGCGAUUGGAUCCGCGCCGAAGGAAACGAGGUACGAACGGCGGCGGGCUUGACAUACAACGGACAGGUAAUUCAUCUUCAUUUGGUCGAGGGCCACCUUCUUGUCAAUGGUCGGCCCCGAAGGCGGUUGCCGGCCAGCAUUCGUAACGAUCCAGAUGUUAAGGAGCUAUUUGGGAACCGCCAUUUGCUUACGUACCCCUCUGCUUUACCGGGCAUGACGCAUCAGCUCGUCGGCUUCCACUACCAACAGACGGUCCACUUUGGCACUCGUAGUGGCCAAGCUGUGGUGAUUCAGGCCGUGACACGCGAGGGUGCCCUCCUUGAGUUUAUCCCUCGACGCGUCUUUUACGGGUCGAGCGUCGAGAGCAACCAAACCCCCGCCACUGUUAGCAACACGAUCAAUGUAGAUCUGCCCCUCGGGCUUGUAGAAAACUGCUGCCACUGGUUAAAUAUGAGCACGGGACAGGUCGAGAUCCGCCGCAAACCGGCGAUCUGGAUAGCUCGGCAGCGGGACUGGGCCCUGUAUGUCCCGGAGCGCUACGCCCAGCGGGCUAGCGUGCGGCUCGUUGACCCCCACUCAUCGGUGUUUCGCCAGAUGGCUGGUAUGCUGGCAGGGUUCGAGCAGCCUGAGAAGCUGACCGUCUUUCAGCCGCUGGCGCAGCGAGGGCGGCUCUCGGUCGAGAUGCGACACCUUGAGCUCUCGCUAUUCGUCAACGAAAACGGCCUGAUAGAGUUCCGUGAGCUUAAGGCCGAGAUGGACCCUAACCAAGACGCCGGGACCUGGUACGGCCUUGAGGGAAAGAUCGUGCUACGGAACACGGCCAACCCAAGGAGACGCAGCGUCAUCGUGCCCCUUGGUGGACUCAGCGCACGUCGCCAAGGGCUUCAUGUUGCGGUGCGGCUUAACGAGGGCUCGGCCGCAUACGCCAAGUUCGACAUUGACGACACGCUUGGCCGGCUGUCGUGUCCGCCAGAACCACGGCUCCUGUACACGAAGGCGCUAUGCCACGCCCUGACGUCCUUUUGUCUCCCGGAUCCUCUAACCGGGCGGAACGGAACUGAGGAGGCCAUUCAAAUCCUCCAGUCACCAGCCGCACAGCCCUGGACCAGCCUCGACGAGGACUCGAAGCUCGUUCUCGAGCGGUUUAGGGAGCUGCUGCCGGCCCGAGAGUACUACCCACCCGGCUUGAGGCGGUUCCAGACCGUGACCUGGGAUCGCCGUUUUACCACCACGAUUCAGCACGACGGCUUCGAUGCCGUGCUGCAGGAGAUCUUUGACAAGUCUGAUUGCCUAGCAAAGUUUGAGGACAAGGGCAGUGGCGAGGACGGCAACCAUGGCGACGAGGAGAAGGAGGAGGAGAAUACGGGCUCAGAUCGUCAUGCACCUCUGCGGUUGCGUGCGGCUUCGCGGCGCUGUCUUUACGAGCGCCGGUGGGCAAGCUCUGAUGACGAUAAUAACUCGGACGACAACAAAGACAACGAGAUCGACGCUCCCUAUCACGGUCGAGACCUGGCAUCCCGCAUCACGCCCCAGAGCCAAAACGUGAUGCAAAUCGCAAGGACGAUCUACCAGCAACCGUUCUCCAUCCCUCCACAUCAUAGCGGCGACGCCGCCUCCCUGCUAAAGGGCUGGCCACGCAUCGGCGGAUUCUCGUCGCCAACAGCAGCAGCCGGGGGGCGUGGGCCCCUGAUUGCCCGGAUCGAGACGCCCAUCGGCGACCACUGGGCCGAGCUCGUCCGCUUCUGCCAAGCAUCUAGAGGCCAACGCACAACCGUCCUCUUCCGCCUAGCGCUACUCGCUUUUGCUCCCGAACCGAACAUGGACGCCAUCUACCACCUCGCCGCAUUUGCUUGCGUUCCCAAGCUGCGACGCCUUGAGCCGCCGCCACCAUGUGACGGCUACUGGGACCUUGGCCUACAAGACCCGCCUUCAGUCGAGACGCUCGAGAUGCUCAUCGCCGCGGCCUACGUGCCGCUCCAAGUGCCGUCCUCACGUAAGACAAAAAAAGCGAGAGCUAGAGCUGAGCUAGCCCGUGUGGAGCACCAUGAAAACUGCGCGGUCGAGGGCAGCAAAAUGGCUCGUAUGCUUCGUGACCGGUGGGCCGCGCCAUGGCCGGCUGUGACGAGCGAGGUGAUGGCAAGCACGUCGUCGAUCAGAUAUAUACGCGUAGCUAGUGCCCUAGAACUGAUCCGCCCCGAGUGGGAGCACAGGCGCCGCAACCGGGAGUUAGCGAGCUACGUCGGCCGUGUCCAGGCGAUCCUCAAAGACGUGCCUCGGGCGCCGUCGGCGCUGUUCGCGUCGUCGGUCGAGUCUACACCGGCAGAGCCAGAACCGUGGACGGCCAUCCCGAACAAUGUCUGCUGCUACCAUAAAGCUGUGGUCCCCCCGUUGUCGGGCCAGUUGGUAGCCAAGCGAGGCCCUGCUCUUGUCUCCGUUCCUGCGGCCGCCGCUCCGCUGCUCUUCCUGGAGAAUGCUUACGAACAAAGCGAAGGUGAACCUAGGACGGGCACUCCUCGCGUUGCGCCCCACUUGGCCUCCGAGUUGAUGCGUAUCUUCAAGCCGUUCGCAGAGUCAUCCGACGACCUACGGACUCGAUAUGGCCAGGAUCUGCUGGAGAGCUUGACGGCGCUCCAAGCCGAAGCAGCCAGCACGGAGUCCGUGACGAGGGCGAGGGCGCGGUUUGCCGCCUCAGGUCUCAGUCUCAGCCUCAACGCCGUCGAUGCCGCUGCCGACGAAGCCCGUGGCUCCAUGGCCGAUCUCGGUUCCCGGUUGUGGGAGGCGCUCGCGGCAGACGACGCGCGGUUUCCGUGGCUCGAGCACGGCGGACUAUGGCCCUGCGCAAACACGCCCACGUCACUGCUCAGCCUGCUACGCCAUGGACGAGAGCGGCGGCGAAAGUGGUUUGGCCCAGGCAUGAAGACGGCUCUGGUAGCGUACGGGCUUGCCGUAGCCCGCGUCCAGAAGCUGGAGCGGCUGCGGUCAGCCUUGUGUCAGAGCAACGAGCGUGCCAUCGGCGAGGAGCUGCGGAACCCGGGCCACGAGAACUGGGACCCCACCGAGCACACGGCGUGGCUGCUCAUGGAGCUGGACGGCGACUUUCUCGUGCGCGCUGAGCAGGUCGAGGUGGCGCGGGCCAUGAUCGCACCGCGGUCCGGCCGCAACACCGUGCUGCAGAUGAACAUGGGCCAAGGCAAGACGUCAUGCAUCGUGCCCAUGGCCGUCGCUGAGCUCGCUGAUGGCGAGCGUUUGGUGCGAUUGGUCGUGCCAAAGCCGCUGCUGCUACAGACGGCACAAACAGUCCAGGCCCGACUCGGCGGCUUGGUCGGCUGCGAGGUCCGCCACGUUGCUUUCUCACGCCGUACGCCCACGACACCGCCCAUGCUCAACCUGUACGAAAGCCUCCACCUUCAAGUGUGCCGCUCGAGCGGCCUAAUCGUCACCACGCACGAGCAGCUGCUGUCGUUUAAGCUCGGCGGGUAUCAGCGCCUCGCCGACGCGGCGGCCGCCGCGGCGGGCAGGAUGAUGGCGUUUCAGAACUGGCUCGAGCACUCGUCGCGCGACCUCCUUGACGAGUCUGACCAUACCCUGGCCGUCCGGACGCAGCUCAUUUAUCCGAGCGGGCCUGAGACGACGGUCGACGGACACCCAUUUCGCUGGCUGAUCGCCGAGGGUUUGCUGGCGCUGGUGGCGCACCACCUGCCUGCGCUGCAGCGACAAUUUCCGGGGAGCAUUGAGGUGGUUAGCCGGCCGGGCGGAAGGGGGUCGCUGCCCAUGGUGCAGUUCCUUCGUGAAGACGUCCAGGCUGCGCUACACGACCGCAUUGUGAACGACAUCUGCGCAGACCGGGCUUGGUUCCUGCGUCCGUUUUCCGCUGGUCAUCAUCAGCAGCGCGGCACCGCCGCUGGAAGGGCCCAGGAGAGGCGUCGAAGGGCGGUUCGGCGGGUGCUGUCCGAGGAAGACGUGAGCGAGGAGCUGCUGGGCGAGGCGGCCGCCGCCUUUGAUGACGCCGAGUACGAAUCCGCGGCCAAGAAGCUGCUGACGGCACGGGGGCUCCUAGUGGGUCGGAUCCUAGUGCUCUGCCUCGGCCGGCGGUGGAACGUGCAGUACGGGCUCAGUCCAGUCCGACAUCCCAUCGCCGUGCCUUUCGAGGCCAAGGGCGUGCCGUCGUCGCACGCCGAGUUUGGCCACCCGGACGUCGCCAUCGUGCUCACCUGCCUCGCUUUUUACUACGCCGGCCUGACGCUCGCCCAAUUUCUGCAGGGCCUCCAGCACGUGUUAGAGAGCGACGACCCGGCUGCGCGGUACGAGCGGUGGAUGGCAUCGUGCGGUGGCGCCGACGACAGCCUGCUUCCUCGAGCGUUGCGUCGAUGGAACGUUAUCAACGUUGAUGAUGCAGGCCAGGUCGAAACGCUAUGGCAGCACCUGCGCCAUGCGCGCAAUGUCGUCGAUGACUACCUCAACGUCUUCGUCUUCCCGACCCAUGCGAAGCAAUUUAGCCUCAAGCUCCAGGUCUCGGCUUGGGAUGUGCCUCUCUUCCCCCAUCCUACUAAUGAGUCUGGGGGGCGCGGGGCGAGGACCACCGGAUUCAGCGGCACCAACGAUAACCGCAUCAUGCUGCCCCUGACCAUCCUCCAGGACGACCUGCCCGCCCUUCGGCAUACCAACGCAGAGGUGCUCUCCUAUCUCUUACAGGAGCGCAACCGCGGGUACAUGGUUGCCGUCGACCCGCAGGGCCGGCGUCUGUCCGAAGCGGGGCUACUCCAUGUGCUUCAGGAGCACGCCAUCCGCAUACUCGUCGACGCCGGCGCCUACAUCCUCGAGAUGGACAACCGCACCCUCGCGCAGAGGUGGCUACACAUCGACUCCGGCGCCAAAGCGGCCAUAUACUUUGACGCCUCGAGCCGCGCUUGGGUCACGUACCGCGGCGUCACCAAAGAAGAUGUCCCCUUGCUAGCUACGCCGUUUAUCGAAGACCUUAAUGAAUGUCUGGUCUACCUGGAUGAGGCUCACACCCGCGGUAUCGACUUAAAGCUUCCGCCCCAGGCACGCGGAGGACUCACACUAGCGCUGGGCCAAACCAAGGAUUUGACAGUCCAGGCUGCGAUGCGCCUCCGACAGCUUGGUACGACCCAGUCAAUAACCUUUUUCGCGCCGCCCGAGGUCGACCGCAGUGUCAGAUCUCUGUGCGGGAUCCCUAGUAAUACGGACGCCAUGGUUACUUCGCACCACGUGAUCCGCUGGCUCCUCGAGCAGACAUGCCGUGCCCACGAGAGCGUGCGCGACCUGUACCUUUCACAGGGGAUGGACUUUAUACGGCGGACCGAUGCCGCCUUGCGGUACCCCAAUGCAGUGUCGAACAAGUCGCAGCGCGCGGGGCUCCUCGCCGUGCUGCAGCAGUCCGACACGCAAACGCUAGAGCAGCUUUACGGGAAAAGCGCGCGCGGCACUGCGGCAGGAGAGGCAACGCUUCAGUCGCUUCUCGAUCCCCCGCCAAGCCCUACGGUGCCUCCUCAACUCCAGGCGUUCUUGGACCAGCUCCGAGUCGUCGCCGAUGGAAGCAAGAAUAGCAGCAGCAACAGCAGCGGGAGCAAAGGGCGAAGACAAGGAGGGUGGAGAUUUCAGAUGGACCACGCACUGGCCGAGGUUGAGCAGGAGCGCCAAGUCGAGGUCGAGGUCGAGGAAAUGCGUGUGGUACAGAAGCCGCCGCGCUUCCAGGCUCUCAGCUUCCCGGGCCUACAUCCCGCCAUCAGGACGUUCGCGCGCGAUGGCGUCCUCCAGAACGCCGUCUUUGACCAUGCCUUUGCCUACCUCGGCAGCACGGGCCUCGGCCGCCAGUUUGGCGUGCGACCAACGACGUCGAGGCUUUUUGUCUCGCGCGAGUUUAGCAGGAUCGUGAAGCUGCCUCCUAAUAGGAACUGCGAUGACGGAUUGUUACGCCCCGUCGAGUGGAUCAUUUGGAGUCCCCGAACCCAGACCGCCUUGGUCAUCAUCCCCGAGGAGGCCGAGCUCGUCCUACCCAUCGUCCGAGUCGGUGGCGACAACCAAGCCAACCGUCCGGCCGCGGCGCACCUGAUAGCCUAUGCCGCGCCAGUGGCCAAGACCAUGCUCGCGUUUAACAAGCUCACAUACUACAGCGUCCCUACCCUAUCUGUGGACCACGUCGUCCCAGACUGGUUCCGUGUCGAACUUGGCGUGUUAGCCGGUCGGCUCUACGCCGACGUAGGCGAGUGCGCGAGUCUAGCCAGAUUUCUCCACUGCUCUUUUUCGGGGACGGCCGGUGGCGAUGAUGAGGACCUGGACCUCGAAGAAGACGGGACUGAGACGCAGACGCAGACGCAGACGAUGCGUCAUGCGGAAUCAGACAGCUUUGUGGAAAGUCCUGCUGCUUUUCUCUUGGAGUGGCUCGGUACCCGGAGAGGCGGUCAGGACGUCUUGCAGACCCCAGUGGGUUAUGUUUGCACGGGGAGGGCGUUGAGGGAGGAUUUCCAGUCGACAGUGUGA